UAACAUCUGGACAUUGGGCAAGAUGCAUCUGAACCUGAAAUAUUUCAUUGGUCUACUGGUGCUGCUUUGCAGCUCUUUUGCGGUGGCAUAUCCCCAGGGGCCUGGAUGUGGUCCACCACCAAGUGGAACCCCUGCGCCGGGCCCGCGACCAUCGGGUCCACCACCUGGAGGUCGCUGGGGACCACCACCAUCGACCACGGCUGCGUCUACCGGUUAAAUUUGUCCACCUCUGCGGUUCCCGACUCCAAUUCCCAUCAUAAGGCUUACUGAAACGUCACCUAGAAAAUCCUUUUGUUAAGUCCCUUUUUUUUUUUAAAACAAAUUAAAUGAAAAAUAUAUGUAUGUGUGUAUAACUGCUGAA